AAUUUCAAAGUCCAAAAGAGAAUUAUACACACAGGACUAGGAAAAUGCAAAGAGGAAAGGAAAUUGGAUUUCUCUUUUUUCUUGCUCUUAAUCUCACUCUCCUCUCUCCAUCUAUAUCUCAUACUAUUCCUACAAGCUUCUGUGGUAAAAUCCCAAUUGAAUCGCCUUUCUCUCUCCAGAAUUUAGUUGAAUCUUCUCCUCUACACCGGCUGCUUCUCUGCAAAUCCGAAAAGCUUUACUUUAGAACCUCCAUUGGUCUUUUCCUGAUUUCCUCCAUUGAUUACAGAACUAAAACAUUAACCAUUUCUCACUCUUCUUGUUCACGUACACUCCACUUUGUCUCUCCUUCUCUUCUCUCAGCUGGUUUCCCUUCUCCUCCACUACCCAACUCACUUCUUCUCUUCAACUGCUCAAGACCCACAGAACUAACAAACCCCCUUCCUUCUUUUCUUAAAAACUGUUCUCAUUCAUAUGAUUGCAGAGCCCUGUCUGAAACUCAAGAACAAGAAAAGGGAAAUUCUUCCUGUUUCUUCAUUGAUGAUUCGGAAAAACUAGAAGUGGGUUUCGAUCCAAGAGAUUGGAACUGCUCACACUACAACAGAGUCUACAUGGGUAAUUCUUCGGACGAAGGAUUUGAGAUGGGGACAAGGAUUUCUUUCGAAGUUCCAGAUCAUGUACCCAAUAUCUGUGAGGAGUGUAUAAAGCCCCAUGGCAACUGUGGUGUUGGGUUGAGGUGCAUUUGCCAUGCAAAUAAGUGUAAAGAUAGAGUCUUUUCCAGAGGUGCAUCUAUAGACCCUCCUGGUAAUAUCCUAUUCUCUUUGUUUUUGUUCAUACUUAUGAUUGUAUCCUUCAUGAGUUUUUGAUGUUGAGACUUUGAAAGGGCUCUAGCCUUCUAACCAAGAAGUAACAGAAAUGAAUAUAAUUAAUUGGCUGGGUUGUUGGAAGUGGAGUAAUUAAUGAAAUCUUCUUAGUUUUCUAA